CUCAAGUGAAAGUGAAAGUGAACAACCCUAGCGAGCGAGCGAGAUUCGAUUCGACCAGCGCCGCCGCCGCCGCCGCCGCCGCCGUCGCCCAAUCCCAAUCCUCUCAUCUCCUCUCAACCCUAGCGAGAGAGAUCAGACAGCACAAAGGGGGAUGGCGACGCUCGAGUCCCUCGUCGACCAGGUGAUCUCCGUCAUCACCAACGACGGCCGCAACAUCGUGGGGACUCUGCGGGGGUUCGACCAGGCCACCAACAUCAUCCUCGACGAGUCCCACGAGAGGGUCUACUCCACCAAGGAGGGAGUACAACAGCUUGUCCUCGGACUGUACAUCAUCAGGGGCGACAACAUAGGCGUGGUGGGUGAGGUGGACGAGGAGCUUGACGCGGCGCUGGACAUGUCGAAGCUCAGAGCGCAGCCCCUCAAGCCGGUCAUCCACUGAAGAUGAUGGUAUCUUCUAUCGAUCUGAUCCUGAUUGUGCAAGCCAAAGCUGAUUUUGCUCAGUCAAUCUGUAAUGUAGGUUAAUCGAUUGAUCGCUUGCUCAUAUCUCAUAUCUCAUACCAUGCACCGAGAGCGUGCGUCUUCUUGUAUGAUGAAAACAACAUGGUUUGCUGUGUCGAUCGAACGGUCAUGCUCUUGUAUGUGAGAGAGAGAUACAUGUAUCUCUGUAAGCGUAAGUAAUGAAUGAACGAAUGAAGCAGGCAAUUAAAUGUUGGAAGCUACAUUGAUAUUAUGAUAUGAUGAUCCAUUUAUACGUA